UAAAAAAUCAAAACAAACUCCAUGUGAUUUAAAAUUUUAAAACUAAAAUUAUUAUUUCGUAAAUUACUAAUGAAGCACAUUUUUGAAAUUAAUGACGAUUGGGAUGAUAAUACAGAACUUUCAAAAUUUGAAACCAAAAAGUCAAAACAAAGACUAGAGAAAUUGGAAAAAAACGAUGAAGUAAAAAAAACCCAAACUGAGUCAGGGAAGUCAAAGAAUAGAAAAGUUAAGAUAAAAAAACAUUUGUUAGAAAACCAAGUAAAAUCUAUAACUACGAAUGGUUGCGAUUUGCCUGUUGUUAAUUUGCAAACAGAACCAAAAAACAAAAAGAAGAAAAAGUUGGCAAUUGAAAAAUUUGACGGAAACUGUAAAUUUACGCCUCUUUUACGUAAAAAUGUAAUUUCUGAAGAUAAUUCUAUGAUUGACAAUGAAAUCUGUGUUGAAAAAAAAAAAUCUAAAAAACGAAAACUUGAUCAUCUUGAUAAUGGCGAUAUGGUCAAGAAGCAAAAAAUUGCAACGGCUACAAAAUUAGAUGAUGGUCCUUUGAAGAAAAAUUCUUUAAAUAAAAAUUUGCCAACCAGUAGUUUCGCUAAUAAGCUAAGAGAUAAUCUUCUUGGUGGUCGAUUUCGUUUUUUGAAUGAAUUGUUAUAUACAACGACAGGAAGUAAAGCUAAAGAAAUGUUUGAACAAGAUAGAGAAGCCUUCAAGGCCUAUCAUAAAGGAUAUCGACAACAAAUUGAAAAAUGGCCAUUUAAUCCAUUAGAUCGCAUAAUUAAACGCGUUCGAAAAUUACCAAAACAUAUGAUUGUUGCUGAUUUUGGAUGCGGCGAGGCGAAAUUGGCAGAAUCUGUUCCUCAUAAGUGCUUUUCAAUUGAUUUUAUCAGUUCUAAACCUCAUGUUAUAGCAUGCGAUAUGGCUAACACACCACUAAAAUCACAAAGUAUAGAUAUUGUAAUAUUUUGUUUGUCUUUAAUGGGGACUAAUUUAAAUGAUUUUAUUUGUGAGGCUAACAGAAUCCUGAAAUCGGAUGGCAUAGUGUAUGUUGCAGAAAUAGGGUCCAGAUUUGAGAACGUUAAAGAUUUCAAGAGCCUGUGGGAACAUUUUGGGUUUGAACUUUUGCGUCAAGAUGUGGAUAAAAAAAAAUAUUUUUACUUUUUUGAUUUCAAAAAAAUUGAAAAUGUUAAGAAAAAUGUUUUAAGCAUAUCUAAUUGUAAAUUAAAACCCUGUAUAUAUAAAAAACGUUAA